AGGUGACACUGGUUCAAAAAUUAGAAUUUCAUCUUAUCCACAUGCACAAGAGUGAAAGUAACUAUUAAAACUAAAAUGGCUUCCAAUUUUGAGAGUUCCAUUCAUACAGGAUCAGAUUUGUUCUUUGACUUUCUUUGUUUCACUUGUCAGGGAAAUGACAAAACCACAGAGGCUGAAUUUUACUGUGAGGAUUGCUCCAAGGUUUACUGUGGAAAAUGUUUGGAGUACCAUAACUUUCUUUACCAGAAGCAUGCCACUUUAGACAAGAAAAAAAUCAGCAAGUGGCCUGUUACCAAUUCAACAUUUGAUGUUUUGGAGCAAUGUCAGGUGCACAAGGACAGGAAAUUGGAAAUAUUCUGUGAGGACCACAGUGAGCUGAUGUGCACUGUCUGUGAUAUGUACAAUCAUAGGAAAUGCAGCCAUGUUGUACUGAUAGCUGAUAAAGUGAAAGACCUGCACCAGAAAGUUGCCUCCUGUGCAGUGAGUCCAGAUGGAGACAGGAUAUAUGUAAUCAAAGGAAGGAGGGAACAGCUGGUCACACUGUCCAGAGAUGGCACAGUGAUCUCUACACUGACUGACCAUGAUUUUUAUUGGAGAUACGAUGAUUGGAGAUAUGAACUCACACCUGGCAUCAUUGUGACAGACACAGGACAAGUCCUGGUAUGUGGAAGCUAUUCCAAUAAAAUCCUCCAGGUGGAUAGGGAUGGGAAAAAGAGACUGGCACAGGUGUUCACUGAGGAAAAUGGUAUGAGAGCACCACUAUCUGUCUACUACAGUUCACGUACAGGAAUUCUGAUUGUUGCAAUGGUGGACAAUAAUGAAAUUGUGGUGUUUAACACCAACUGAAUUUGUAUAGUUGAUUCAUACAGAUUGAAAUGUAAAUUACAUACAUUUAAAACAGUUUGACAGGCAUAUCGACUGUUUGAAAUAGUUCAUAUACAAUGGAUGACAAUAUAAAAGAAUAUAAAAAUAAAAAUAUAAAUCCCAUGAAAAAGCAGUCUUUCCAUAUCAAUUUUUAUAGAGAGUUAAAAUAUAGUAAAAUUAUUAGUAAUUCUUAGUUUAAGAGAAACAAGUAGCAUUUUAAUAUCUAUAUAAUCUACUAUUAUUUUGUUUGAAAGAAUGAGUUAAAUUUUAAUAUGUGCUAUUUUUUAUUUUAUUGUUCAUGAUUGUGUUUGUUAAAAACUGUUAUGAAAAUCGACUUUAAACAUGAGUUAAAGGGUUGUAUAUUGUUUCAAAUUUUCUGAAUAUUAAAAAUCUUUUUUUCACUGUGAAACAUCACAACAACCAAAAAACAAGAAAAAAAUGUCCAUCAUACAAAUAUUGACAAAAGGUAAUAGCUAAAAAAUUUCAAGAGUCAAAAUUAAAGUUCUUGUGCAAGGUACGUCUCUUUAAUAAGAUGUACAUAAAUAAUAAGUUUUAAGUUUUUAUUUUUUUAUUUUAUGUAUAAAAAGUAAAUGCAUAGAAAUAACUCUACAAAUAGAGUAACACAAGUAAUGGUUCUUUUGCAUUGAACAUCCACUCAAUUAGAUCUACUUACCUCUAAGUUGAUACCUCUUUUACUUUUCACGAUAUCCUGACGACAAAAUAGAAAUUUAAGUAAGGGCCAUAACUCCAAAGUUUUGGAUAUUUAAUACAGUGAGCCUCACUUUGACGAUAAGAAACAUUUUACUGUAAAUUUGGUGAUGAUCCAAUGAAAACUGCUUGAAUUAGAUAGCAGAAACCUAAAAUUGUGUAAUGACUGAUAGAAUGACAGAUAUUCAGAAACUAUAUGCCUCUCUGUGAGCAUAAAACAACAUUCCCUGCUUAAUGAAAAAAACAAUAUUAGGAUUUUAGAUCCAAGAACAAGCAAACAAACUAAUCCAAAUUCUUAUGCAUUUCAGGAUGGCUUUAGUCCAUAAAUAGGAAUACAAAGUUAUUUUGACUACUUGGAGGUUGCAGCCCUUUUGACAUACCCUUCAUAUUCAUCAGUUUUGUUAUAUUUUGUUGUUUACAUUAAAUUUCUUUAUUAACGCUAUAGAAUCUUAUAAAGACUCAGACUAACUCACCAAAUGUGACAGAGUUAUCAAUAUUUCACAUUUGCUUAUAAUGACCAAACCAAUGUUCCAUCAAAUUUGUAGCAGUUUCAUAUAUUAUCAUUGACAUUGAAAUAGUCUUUAUGCUAUUCACUUCAUACUCAUAUGUCAGGUGAUACUACUGAACAAUUUUAACUUGUUUUACAAAACACAGUAAUUGGCUCAGUCACUCAAGAGUGACAUUCAAUGUCCAUGGUGUAUAAAAGCUUCCAAGGCUGUCAAACAUUAAGUAACAUGGGCAUUUUGUCACAUCUUUAAUUGUUUCACCAACAUUUUAACAGAUGUUAUAAAUUAAUUAUAUGUGCAGUUAUGAAAUAAAUUCACAAGAAAA